GCAUCGCUGUCCGGAGGGCAGGCGACGGCGGCGGUGGAGAGCGUGCCGAAGACAGAGCUGGAGGUGAAGCCGGCGGACCGACGCGACCGGCUGCUGUUUGGCCUGCUCUGCUGGUUCAAGGACGAGUUCUUCAGUUGGUUCGAGCCGCAAGUGUGCGCGUGCGGCGCGCAGAUGGCGCUGUGUGGCCGCCGCCAGGUGUCGCCGGUGCAGCCGGACGAGCUGGCCUACCACACCGAGCAGUACAGCUGCGGCCGCUGCGACGGCUCGCGUGCCGAAUUCCCGCGCUACAAUCACCCGAUGAAGCUGCUCGAGACGCGGCGCGGCCGCUGCGGCGAGUGGGCCAACUGCUUCGCGCUCUGCUGCCGCGCGCUCGGCUUCGAGACGCGCUUCGUCGAGGACUCGCAGGACCACGUGUGGACGGAGGUGUACAGCGAGGCGGAGCGGCGUUGGCUGCACUGUGAUCCGUGCGAGCGCGCGCUCGACCGCCCGCACAUCUACGAGGCCGGCUGGAAAAAGAAGCUGGACUACGUCUUCGCCUACGCGUGCGACGAGGUGGCCGACGUGACGUACCGCUACUCGGUCGACUUCGCCGCCACGGGGCGGCGCCGUCACCGUUACUCGGAGGAGCACUUGGCGCGCACGCUGGUCGAGGUGUGCGGCUGGCUGCAGCGGCAGCUGCCGGACCUGCGGCGCUCGCAGCUGGCCAAGCGGCGCGUGGCCGAGCUGCUGCAGCUGCUGCGGCCGCCAGCGGCGGUGGGCGCCGCCGCCGGCCGCCAGUCUGGUUCCCUGGCGUGGCGCCUGGCGCGCGGCGAGGCGCACACAGCUGUCGCCGGCUUCGUGUUCCGGCCGACGGAGGAGGAGCGCCGCGCACGCCAGAUCAACUGGUCCUACAGCGUCACAAACGACCAGUACCGGCGCGGCACGACCGUCGCCGCCGGCUGGGCCAGCUGCGUGCACCGGGCCGAGGACGUCCAGCGUAAGGUGGAGCGCGACUGGCGCAUGGCCUACCUGUGCCGCACCGAGGGCGCCGCGCGCGCCGACGUCACCUGGCGGCUGGAGCUGGCUGAGGCGCGGCUGCGCGUGGAGCGCGUGCGCGUGCGCUGCGCGGCCUCGCAGUUCCAGUCGGGCCGCGCGCGCUGGACGUUGAGCGGCGGCGGCCGCUGCGUGGCGCUGGCCGGCGACGGCGCCGCCGCCACCCUGACGGAGCUGGCCGGCUGUGCCGAGCUGACGCUCGCCGCACGACUGGACGGCGGCGACGGCGAGAACGCGUUCCAGCAUGCGCAGCUGCUGCGCUCGUCGCUGGACGGACCCGACGCGCCGCUGGAGCUCACCGUCUGGCUCGCGGAGGCACCCGAGGUCGGAUUGGCGGGUGCCGAUGCGGCCAACUGAGUCACGGUCUUACUGCGACUGGGAAGCACGGGCUCGGGGUAGGCGUGAUACGGGAGCGCGGUGCAAUGUUCGUGCCAUGCGAGACCGUGAUGCCAGAGGGGGGCUACAUCAGGACUUGUAGUAAAUGAUUUGUUAUUGUUGUGCUUUUCAGCCGCGAAAUUGCUGGAGCUGAAAACAACCUACGUUAGUCUUGUUCUGUGAUGUGAUUGAUGUGAUGACGGUUGGAACAUCCCCAAAUGCCUAGCAAAUACAUACGUAGUUUCAUUUUAA